UCCGUGAAUCUCUGGCAACCCAAAGCUGGACUUCACUGUGCGUUGGAACGUCUUUUCCUAAACUGCUCCUUAGUUUAACUGAAUCUAUGCUCCUCAAAAAGUGGUCUGACUGUGGUAGCUUGGGCUCAUACUGACUGGUACUUCCCAACCCCAUUUCAGCCAUGAGCUUUUUUGGGUACCGCAGAGAGUUGAGUAAGUAUGAAGACGUUGACGAAGACGAGCUCUUGGCUUCCCUCAGCCCAGAGGAGCUGGCUGAGCUGGAAAAGGAGCUUGUGGACAUUGAUCCUGAUGCCAAUGUUCCAAUUGGUCUUAGACAGAAGGACCAGACAGACAAGACCCCGACAGGCACCUUCAGCAGAGAGGCUCUCACCAAGUAUUGGGAAAAUGAGACACGCAGACUGCUGGAGGACGAGAUAGCUGGUGGAAGCCUGAAACCGGUCAGUGAUAAUUAGAUUUGCUUGGCAUUUGGGUAAUGUGCCAGAGGCAAAGCAAACAUUUGGUUUGUGAACUUAAGAUAGAUUCCUUAAUAUGUUAAAAGUAAGAUAUCACUUGAAGUCCUAAUGAGCUAAAGCCACAACAAUCUGGUUUGUGCCAACAGAGUUUUUUUAGGUUAUUAAAGUUUACAAAAACUUAAGCCAGCGUUACAUUGAGUAAUUGUUUCCUAAAACAGGAAGGAGAACAAGAGGAGGAAUGUGUGACUGAAGAAAGCAGUGAAGAAGAUGAGGAAAAAGACGUGGAGAAUGAAAAGGAACAGAAAAAGGAUGAGGAACAAAAAGACAAGGAAGAAGAAGAGGAGAAUCAGGAAGAGGAGGAAGCUGUAACAGAGGAAGAAGAGGAGGAGGAGGAGGAGGAGGAGGAGGAAGAUGAUGAGGAGGAGGAGGAGGAAGAGGAGGAGGAGGAACAAGAUAAUAAAUCAAAACCUGAACCCUUCAGGGAUUCUGAAGUGCUGACACCUCGGUCCAGCACCCCAAUGCUAUUAAAGCCGCAGAGGGUGGAGCCUAUGAGACUGACCCCGCCCCCUCCACCUGUAGACCUUAACGCAAAUGGAAACCCAACAGUUGUUGAUGAAGCUCUUCAACGAGCUUUAAGAGACGACCCUGAACUUACAGAAGUUAACCUCAACAACAUUGACGAUAUCUCACAGGUAAGAAAAAAACCCCCGUUCAUUUCCAUCAGCCAGCAUACAUGCACAGUAAAGUCAAAGCUAUAGCUUGAGAAGGUAGAAGACAAAAGUGCGUCUGCCUCCACAGCACCAGGUGGCGAUACUCCCCCUUUUAGUGGAACGUCUUUUGGUUAACCAAAACAAUCCACAAAUCCAUUUUAACUUCACUUCUUCUGUUGGAGUUCUGUUUACUUCCUGGCACUCCUCAUGCAUAUAUGGUGUUCGACUUCCAGGUUGAAGUCCAAACUGUGGAGAAUGAGUUAAGUCCAGUUUAGGUCUGACUGAGGUGAAUACAUGCAAGAAAAACAAAAAAAACAACUAUAUUAUCAGAGUGUAUUAGUCUGACUGUUUUGACUGUUUUGAAUUUUUCCAAAUGUCACCAAAUUCUGCCAACAAUCUCGUACAGACUAUUUAUAGGAAUAUUUCCACAUUAAAUUAUGAAAUUUUCCCUUAUUGUAGGUUUAGUUUGGUAUUUCCAAACAGGCAAAAUGAUUUUCUUCUUGUUUUCAGACUGAGAAGUUGUGGUUCCUCAAAUAUUAACAUCCACAUUUUCCUCUUAGGAAACCCUGAUUCGGUUUGCUGAAGCACUGAGAUCCAACACCCAUGUCAAAGUCUUUACUCUUGCAAACACCAAAGCAGAUGACCCUGUUGCUCUGGCCAUAGCCAAGAUGUUGAGGGAGAACUCCUCCAUCAUUAGUCUGAAUAUAGAGUCCAACUAUGUGACUGGAAAGGGAGUGAUGGCGUUGGUUCAAGCGCUGCCAGGAAACAACACUCUGACUGAGCUUCGGUUCCACAACCAGAGACACAUGUGUGGAGGGCAGGUUGGGACACAACUCUUACCUCCUUUCUUUUAAUUUGCCUUAGUCAAACGAAUCCUCAUGAAUGACAAUCAAUUAGCCAGAAGUUCACCCUCUCAACAUUCACAAGUUGUAAACAAGUCUGCAAACUUCCCUCACAGGUAGAGAUGGAGAUGGUAAAAAUCCUAAGGGAAAACCACACCCUGAUCAAGUUAGGGUACCAGUUCAAUCUACCUGGUCCAAGGAUGAGUAUGACGGGGAUCCUCACGAGAAACCAGGACCGCCAGAGACAGAAACGGCUGCAGGAGCAGCGACAGCAGCAGCAGGGCCAACAGGGGGCACCAGAAGGAGCCGUUAACCCGAGAACAAAUGCACUGGUAUGUACGUUUGCUUGAGUACGGUAUAGUUCAUCUUUUUUAUCAUCCAUUCCCAUCGUCAAAGUGCCUAUCUUCCUGUUAACAGUGAAAAGCUGUAACUCUUUCUUAACUUUUGGUGGUCACAGCUAAAUUUCUCAGUGAAGUAUAAGAUGCGUUGAUGCUAUUUCAUUCUUACUUUUGAGAAACUCUCAUUACCUCAGGAUGUAGUUGUUAAGAUGCACGUAGUGCUAAAGGUGUGUUGUUUGCAUCCCAUGCCAUCAUGUCCUUCACAAGCAUUACAAACAGCUAUUUUGCUGUUUGUACCCGACACUUAAAAGUAUGUUCAUACAGCUGAUAUGCUGAAGCACCUUGUCAAACAAAGGUUCAUUAACUUUUUCUGGUAUCAACGGGUGCUGAAGGUUUGCAACUCAGCUACCUUAGGGGCUUCAACUUGGGAAAAGUCUGACAGUGGGAACAUUUUCUUGUCGUGUGCCAUUCCCCCUUUGGAUUAAAGUCUACCUCAACUCCAAGUUUUCCUCUUAAUCAAAUUUCUUCUCUUUCUCCAGAGAGGAACUCCUCGUUCAUCACCUUACAGCUCGCCCAGAGUCUCUCCAUGGUCCUCGCCACAACUGCCCAAAAAACAGACUCCACCUGCUCCACCACCUCCUCCUCCUCCCCCACCACCACCGCCACCUCCUCCCCCUCCUCCUCCUCCACCACCACGGGAGAAGAAGAAGCCAACAAGGAUGAUUGCCGAGGUCAUCAAGGCACACGAGGCAGGUAGUCAGAAGGUGAAGAAAACAAAAGUUAAAAAGGGCAAGAAGGCGAAGGAGAAGGGGAAGAACCUGGAGAGAAGAGAGGAGACGGGUAGCAUCCUGAAGGAGCUGAAAAACGCGCUGAGGCCUGUGUCUGUGGACAGGAGGGGGGAGGAUGGCAGCAGGCCGUCCACGCCAAUGAGGUCAGCCCACGACCAGCUGAUGGAGUCAAUUCGCACCAGCAGCAUCCGUAACUUAAGACGGGUAAGUUGAAAUAUUUGUGCAACAAUUUGGACAUUUUUUACAUCUUACAAUCGUGUUCAUUUCUAAGCUCGUCCUCAGCGAUAUCUGCUAUACGCCCCCUGUAAUUCUUGAAAGUGAAGUUGGUUAAAAGUAAAAACCUUCCUCCCACACUAGCAGUCAACAAAGUAUUUAUUGCGAAUCAUAGAGUGCCUCUAGAGGCAAACUGGACAAGCAGGAAGUUUAAUUUAGAAGAGGAUGACACAGAGCCUGAGGUGUCUGAGUCAUCUCUGCAGCUGACAUGAUAUGCUCUGUCUUUACCCCGGAGCAGGCAGGCAAAAGGCUGCUUAUCACCAGUGAGCUAUAUGGUAUAGUAACAAUGGCUUUUCUGUAUUUGUCUUUCUGGCUGUAAAAGCAAAGUAAAGAUGGCAACAACAUCAUUCUUACGACAACAACAGAGCUAAGUUUGUACAAAGACAAAUGAAUUAUAAAUCAAGGGCAUUCAACCUUAUUUCAUAAUCAAGUGUUGGGUUAAUUACUAAGAGGAGAGACAAGUGUUGUUCGCACAGCUCGUUACAUGGAUAUGAGUGGAAAAUCAGUCCUGCCCUCAGAUGGCAGGGUCUCUUAGCUGUGAAAUUCCUGCCACUUAGUGCACGUAUUUAUAGAAACUCUUCUGGGGAGCUUUGAUAAAGACAGAUAUCACAGGUUACCACAGCAAGCACCAACAACAUACAUGAAACAACACAGCGCACAAACACUCCAGCUGUUGAUGCAACAAAACACUCUGUGCUCAUAACUUCAGGCAAUCUUAAGACUUGUUAGCAUGUAAAAAAUGAAGAUAAGAAAUAAUACGUGGACAGUGUAAUAGAUUACGGUCAUCUUUGCAUCUGAGAAACAGGUGAAGAUCAGUAUUCUUCAGUUUAUGUUGUGGAAGCAAAAUCAGCCAAUCAGCUCUUUUGAUCAUCCAGAAGUAGUAACACAAUUAUACAAAGCUUAAGAGGUCGCUGUUCAUCCUGGGAUCUAUCUUUGUUUUAAAGUUGUCACCCUUACUAAUCUGCAUCCGAAUUACGUUUAAUUAUGUUUUUUUUUUUCUUUUUAGACGAGUUGAAAUGAAACGAGCCAUUUCUCAACAUAUUAUUCCAAAAGUUUCUGCUCUUCUUUAUUCCUUACAAGCAGCUGCAUUUACACAAAAAUAAAUGUAAACAAACAAUAUUCGAUAAAUUAUCUCUCUACCCCCAGUCAGUCGUCUUUGUGAUAAGCUAACCUGUAACAAAUAGCUUCAUUGACAACUAUAAGUGAACCAAACCUGUACAUCUAAAUCUUGGUAUCCAAGUACAUGAGAAGCCAAGUAUUUCUCUGUCUCUGCUGCGGGGUGGCUUGUGGUCAUUUCAAACAGCGAAGAAGCUUUCAUGGAAUUUGUGGUUCUUGCAUCAAUGGCUUUAAAGGCAAAACUUUAACUCUGUGGUGCCGCUAAGUCAUGACCACUGACUCAUCUGAAUUCCUUUCAUGCUUAUCUUUGAGAUCAUGUUUCCUAAAAAGCAUUUGUGACAUGUGUCUUAUCCAUGCCCUGCAUUUGAAACUGUUUUUUUCUUUUUUUGUAUUUUUUCAGGUGGAAAUUCCCCAUCACUUACGAUGAUACAAGCAGAAGAUAAAAGGUGUCUGUUGAAAUUAAAACUGAGGAAAGUCUAUGUAACGCUGAGGAUAGAGUGAGCAUCAGCGACGCAUGAGGUGAAAACAGAAAGAUAAUGGAAAACAUUUUGAUUGACAAAGAAGCAAGAACUAAAUUCUUACUCAUCAAAAACAUGCUGGUUUUUCCAGUAUUUAUGCCUGAUUAAAGUUGGUAUUUCUACUUUAAUUUUAAAAUGAGCAGACAGAAAUGUUUACUGAGAAGUUUUCUAAAUCAGUGUGUUCCUGUAAAAUUGUAAAUAUGAUCUGUUGAUGGUUGAAUUACGUGCUGAUUUCUAAAUAUA